CACGGCGAUACUUCGAACGUCACCAUUCAUUGGCGAUGCGUCUGCGAAACCCCAUGGUCGCCACUCACACGUGUGUUUUCGCUCUCCCACCACUGCAAAACUACAUUCCUUGCUUGCAUCAGCAUCCUGAGCAGGUAGGUCCCUUGCUAAGGGAGAAGCACUUCUCUAGCUAGCCAGCCAGCCGUAGCCAGCCACCGAUUAAUUGCAUCCAAGAUCAAAUCAACCAUGGGCAACACAGUGGCUGCUCCUACCGUGGGCAACCCGGUUCUCUCCAGCAGGACGAAAGCACGAGCUGUCUAUGAAAUAUCGGAAGCGGAAUCAGAUCGGCUCUUUCGGGAAAAGAUUGGUUACAUUUCUGUGAUUCAAAAGGCGCAUUCCAAUAACAGUGGCAGUAGUGGUGCUGCAAGUGGUAUUAAUAAAAACAGUCAACACAGUCAUUCGCAUCGCAACACUGGCGACGGGCUCGCCCUGUUUCCAGGCGAUUUGGUCAGUGCCGUUACAACCUUUACAGAUUUAUCCUCUCGACAGUCUGGGAGUAAGACCACCAACACUGGAAGUAAGACCACUGGAACUGGCAGUAAAACCACCAACACUGAGAGUAAGACCACUGGAAACACUCGAACCACCAGAAACCUAUCAUCCAGAGAAGGAGACACUGGUGGUGGCAGUGGUGGCACGGGCAUGUCGACCCCUCAAGUCCGGGAAAUCGCGAUUCGAGGCGGCACACGGUCAACAAUGUCUCCAACUCACAGCAGUUCUAGUAGUCUGAGCAGUAAGGAGGGACAAGGCAGUUUUGGUAUUGCGAGCAUCAACCUGCCCAGCAAAGGAAGUAGCAGCAAAACUCCCAGCAUGGCUGCUAGUGGUAGCACGAGCAAGGGAACUGCCAAGGAGAGUCUCGGCUCGAGCAGGGGAACGGCCAAGGAAAGUGUCGGUACGAGCAAGGGAACAGCCAAAGACAGUUUUUCCACGCGUGGUACUGACAUUAGCCAGAGUGCCAAAAGCAAGGACAAUGCCGGUCGGGAAGGUGUGGCCAAGGAAAUUGUUGCCUAUGCCGGUACUAUUCAGGGUGGGAUAAGCCAAAUUGGCGUAUCCAAGGACAGCACUACUAGCAAGGGAGGAAAGAGCAAAACUAGUAGCAACGCCAAGUCAAUGGCCAGCUUCGGUGCCAGCAACGGUGCCAGAAGCAAGGAAAGCAACAGUGUUUCAACCGAAGGGAGCGCCUUGUGGGGCAUGAUGCGUCAGACCAGCGAUCGUGAGAGCAUCCCCAGUAAAGCAAGUCAGAAAAGUCGGGUAUCUAAGGCAUCACUUGCAGCAGCCAGUGUCCGUCAGCGAAGCCAGGCAUCCGGAGUAGCGGCGGCGGCAAAGCCUGUUGUUUCGAGAUUUGAUUCCGUCACAUCCAUCACCAGCAUACCUUCGCAAUUCAUUCAAAGCAGCAGUACAUCCUCCUUUCCGACCUUGGCAGUGCAACUGCCAGCAGAGCAAACCCAGCUUCAGCAACAAAUAGAGGCUCAGGAUACAGAAACGCAAAUCCUCCUCAAAGCGAUGAAGCGGAAAAUGGAACAAGCGGACUUGGAACGAGACUCCUGUUUGAGUCAGAUUGAAACCUUGAACAAAGAGAUGGAAGCCUUUCGCGAAGACACUACGAAAAUGCUGGAAGAGAAGAACGAUACGAUUGAGCUCCACGAAACUGACAUGGCCUGUCUAAAGCAGCAAAUUCUUGUCCUUCAGACGCAAAACAAAGAUGACAAAAAUGCAGCCAUGACGGAAACUCGAGGUCUACUCCGAAAAGUCACGACGCUUCAAAACACGUUGAUGGUUGUCGAGAAAGAAAGGGAUGCUGCAGUAGCGGCAAUGGAUGCUGUCCCCAGUGAGCAUGGUUCAACCGCUUCUCCAGACGCCGGAGAAUUGAAGGAGACCAUUCAAGAUUUGCUCCAGCAACUGGAGACUGCCGAAGAAGAUCAUCAACGGGAACAGAACGUGCUUCAAGAAGACGUCUUGUUGCUGCGCAGAAAGCUGGAGCGUCUCGAAAGUGAUUUCAUUGUAGUGGAGAGGGAACGAGAUGAUGCUGUGCAUAGACUGGAACAAAGCGCGCAUACACUGGAGGAGGAACGGGUUAUAAAUGCAUCGGACAUCAAGAAGUACCAGGACGAACUCCAAAGGUGGAAGGACAGGUAUGUCCAAGAAUUGCGAUUCUCCAACAAGGAAACGGGUCAAAUGCUGCAAAAGACAGCUGUCAUUUUGGGCAACAGAUUGAGUGCUGGUAUCCUGGAAGGCAUCCAAGAAGAGGACAACGAAGAUGACGAGAACCUCGAGCCUUCGUCAUCGUCAGGGCCCACCAGUACUAGUACACCAUCUUCAAUCGAGGACAGGCACGAGACAUAUCAUCGGCUCCUUGCUAGGCUACAAUCAGUUUCUCCAAGUCCGAUACCGUCGUUGACGGAUGUCAGCAGCAGUGCCGUCCCAACAUCUAUUGCCAGUUCUUCAGAUUCAGGCCCGGUCUGGAUCCCAAGUGGCCAUAGAGGACACCACCAGCCUAUGUCUGAGGUCUCCUUUGACGAAAAUAUAUCCAUCCCCAGCUUCCUCAGCAAAAUCUGGUAGUGCUCUUGGUGUAGGUUGCGCUGGUGAUUGCAAGCCUACAGGAGCGCUGGCUGGGACUCAUUGCAGCGAAAGGGAAGAGAAUGAUUUGACCUGUCGGCGGUGCCACCCAGAUGGGCGUACCGGGGUAGCAAAUUGAUGAUGAAGUCCGCGUGGGGCACCUGCAUCUCCAAACUCAAGACAAGCGAUUGAAAUCAUCUGUCACCUAUCUAUCGAUUUGCGGGUACAUCGAUAUGGUGGACGAUGGAAAUGGUGGGGAAACGAAUGUGUCUAACCGAAGCAGUGGAUGUAAUGUGAUGCAAGGCUCAGGACUGCUAUGACUCCCAAGAUGGAAGUGGUUUGGUUCCUCGCCUUCUGCUUGCAUAAGAACUCUAUAGAUGAACCUUGCGGCUGCUUGCUUCUGGAAUUCGUAGUCGAAAUGGUAUAAUAAUAGUAAGCUUCUUUGCAGCUAGCUU